AUGCUUACCCGGUACAUUCUACAAUUGCUCGUUCUCAUAUCGAUAGCAUAUGCACAUCUUCUGUCAGUCCAGAUAUAUGCCAAACCGUUAUCGUCCAAGCCCAUCACCCUAGGCUCCCUCCACUACGACAAAAAUACUACCCACGCUUCGUUCACUCAAAACGACCUCGCCAUCGAUGAUGGCCACUACUGCAUCGGUACCACCGACUUGCCCAACCUCGAAUGUUUCACGUACACAAAACUAUCCAAAUCUACAUUUGGGACGAAAUUGUUGCUCGUGCACCUCAAUGCCGACAAAAACAUAGCACACCUUUCAAUGUCUACAGCAUCGUUGUCAAAGAAUACAUCAGAGUCCCCCAUCCAGGUGGCCGUCUCGAAAGUCAACUACGACCCCAAGCCCAUCAAGAACACAAAAGCCGAGAAGGCCCACACCAAUCCUGAGGCCACCAAAGAGGAGGCUCCCAAGUCGUGGAUCCAAAAAAACUGGAUGUAUGUGGUUCCACCUCUCUUGAUCAUGUUCGUUUUGCUAGGCGACGACAAGAAAUAA